AUGGCUGCUGAUAUAUUCGACGAGUAUCUUCGAAUGGGUGAGAGCACCUGCUUUGAGUCCAUGUACCGGUUUUACCGAGCUGUGAUUGCCGUGUUCGGAAAACAUUCCUAUAGGGAGCCAACAGUUGGGGAUACAAGGCGGUUGUUGUCUAUCAAUGAGUCUAGAGGGUUCCUAGGUAUGAUUGGCAGCAUAGAUUGCAUGCACCGGGAGUGGAAGAAAUAUCCAUUUGGAUGUCAGGGUCAGUACAACAGUCAUGCAGAGGGAUGCAUUGUCAUUCUUGAAGUAGUGAUAUCUCAAGAUGUAUGGAUUUGGCUUAUGCAAGGCAAAGCUUCCCGGGUGAGCUACGAGAUCAAUGGAAAUGAAUAUAAUAAGACAUAUUAUCUUGCUGAUGGUAUCUACCCUGAAUGGGCCACACUGGUGAAGCCUGUCCGUAAUCCAAACACGGAAAAGGCCAAGAUGCAAGAUGCUUGCAAGAAAGAUGUGGAGCGGGAAUUUGGUGUGCUCCAAGCUUGUUUGAAACAUCCAAAUUCAUGUGAACGCGCAAAUGUGUCGCCCCAGUGGAGCCACCCUCAGGAUCUCCAACCGGCCUGCCAUUCAUCUCAAGCCAUGAUCAACCUAUCUUUGCCAUCGGACACCGAUAGCGAGGGGCAGCCGCCGAAAUGGCGGCAUUGGUGGGAUAGAGCUGCCACGCCGAGCAGCUCUAGCUCCCCGCCGAUGGAUGACGAGGAGGAGGAUGCCAUCGUUGAUGACGGGCAUGAUGAGGAGGGGGAGGCCAUCGUCGAGGAGGGGGAAGUUGUUGGUCACGACGACCGGGACGAGGAGGAAAAGGAAGAGGAUGAAUAUGCAAGGUGGACACGGCUGGAGGCGGAGGAGGCGGCCGAGGAGGCGGUGGCGACAUAA